GCGGGGAUACCUAAGCACAUAGCUGUCUACCUGCCUGGCUGCGUACGUACGUGCGUGCGUGGGGAGUACGUACGUGCGUGGGUACGUGCCUGCUUGCGCUACGCAUAAAAAGGGCACCAGGCAUGGACGAACGCGACAUGGUUAACUCCCUUGGAUACCUGUAACCGGUAAAGACACUGAGGCAAGAGGAAGACCGUUUUCUCCUCAGACCACAAAGCAGAACAGAUCAGGGACAUCCGCUGACCCUGGAGAGCAGUGGUGGGAGAAAGGGAUUGAGGAGAGGGACACCCAAGGGGCUCAGGAGGACAUACAUGAGAGAAGCCAUCUCUCAUGUCAGGUCACAGAGAAUGCUGAGAGCUGUCUCCACCCUACUGGUGAGCUCCCCAAAGACGUCAUGGGACAGACCUGACUCCUCUGAACCCAACCCCUUCCAUUGGGCCUAUUGGGGCAUGGGACACCAGUGACUGCGUGGGGAUAGAAGCAGCAGACUGUGGAGGCCCCAGGGUGCCCCAGGAGCUUGUGGAAGAUGAAGUUUGGCUGCCUCUCCUUCCGGCAGCCUUAUGCUGGCUUUGUCUUAAAUGGAGUCAAGACCCUGGAGACGCGCUGGCGUCCCUUGCUGAGCAGCCACCAGAACCGUACCAUCGCCAUCCACAUUGCCCACAGGGACUGGGAAGACGAUGCCUGGAGGGACCUGCUGGUGGAGAGGCUCGGGAUGACUCCUGCCCAGAUUCAGGCCCUGCUUCAGGAAGGGGAAAAGUUCGGUCGCGGAGUGGUAGCUGGGCUCAUUGACAUUGGGGAAACUUUGCAGUGCCCAGAAAACUUAGCUCUGGAUGCGGUUGUGGAACUGGAAAAUGAAGCUGUGCUGACCAACCUGAAGCAGAAGUAUCUGACUGUGAUUUCAAACCCCAGGUGGUUACUGGAGCCCAUACCUAGGAAAGGAGGAAAGGAUAUCUUCCAGGUAGACAUCCCAGAGCACCUGAUCCCUUUAGGGCAUGAGGAGUACAGGCUUCUGAGAGCUCAACCAUGACACCAUCAUUUCAGCAUCAUGGUGCAGACCUGUGCACGUCUUGCUAAUUCUGAAUUGUCCCUGCAUUGCACAGCACCAUCCACUGUCAGUCAUAUAAACAGAUUCCUCCUCCUCUCAGACAAAGGGAAUGGGGGUUAGGCUUUCCUUGUAAGAAACCCCUUAGGGUCAUUGACAUAAUCUCAGGUACUUGGACCUUUGUGUAAAAGGAAAAGCUGCCAGGGAACUUCUCCAUGUUUCUGCUAACUUUGGUCCUGAUUAAUUUCCAGAUUGUACCAAUAAAUUUGUUGUGGGUAACCAUUA